AUGGCCCAGCUCCCAGACGAACUCGUUUUGUCAAUCCUUGACCAAAGGUUCCCCUGCCGGCAGCGGCAAAUCCGCGCUCUGACGACCUUGAUAUCCCCAGACGUAGCACCAUGUCGGAACUGUAUUGUCUAUGGCACCGAAGCCAGUGGGAAAAGUGCCAUUACUGAGGCUCUGCUCCAACGGCUUGGAGACACUCAGCCCACCGCCCUUGCAGACUCGCCCGCAUUUCAGUAUGCCAUCGUCAACUCGGGCGAGUGCGUCACAGGACGACAUCUCUUUGAGACGACCGUCCGGAAAGUCUCCAGCGCUCUUGACUUCCAUGACUUCGCUACGCGUUGCGAGAGCCUGGCGCAGCUGAAUUUUGAAUUAUCCAGGAUGCUCAAACAGGUCGUCCAGCCCGAGCGCCGGCAUUUUGUGCUCGUCUUCGACGCCAUCGAUCGUCAGAAGGAAGCCCCGCCCACUCUCCUCCCUGCCUUGGCAAGGCUCUCUGAGAUGAUCCCCAGCCUGACCACGGUCUUCAUCAUGACCAGCCCGCCACCAGGCUGUCUCCGUACUUCCCAGGUUGCCCAUAUCCACUUUCCUAACUACACCAAGACAGACUUUGUCAGAAUCCUCUCCGCCACACCGCCAAAGCCCCUCCCCAACACCACAGCAGCGGAGACAGCCGACCUCUGGGCGCGCUUCUGCGGCGCCGUCCACGACGCCCUGACCAAAUCCGCGGCGCGCACAUUACCAGCAUUCCGCGGCGCCUGCGACUCGCUCUGGCCGCGCUUCACAGUUCCCCUCCGCGAGGGUAAUCUCCGGCCAAAGGACUUCACCAAGAUGCUCAUCGCCGCCCGCGUGCACUUCCAGGAUGAGAGCCUCCUUGACCCGGGCAUCAUAGGGCGUCCUCCCCACGAACAUGCUGCUGCCAAACUCCCCAUCCAGUCCGGGGAGACGAACGUCAAGGCACCCGCCCAAGGCAACAUCGCGCCCGCAACGCCAACGACAAGCCUUGCCGCGCUCCUCCCCACGACGGCCCGCGUCCUCCUCAUCGCGGCAUACCUCGCCUCGCACAACACCGUGCGGCACGACCUGACUUUGUUCUCGACGCACCACCACGGGAGGCGCCGGCGCCGGGGCGGCGCCUCGUCCGUCGUCGCCGGUCAGAGGAGCAAGCACCGUAAGAUCGCCCGGAAGCUGCUGGGCGCGCACGCCUUCGUCCUGGAGCGCAUGAUGGCCAUCUUCACCACCGUGCGCCACGAGUGGGGCAUCGGCGUGCGCGGCGGCGACCCCUUGGACCCCAACGCGGGUGCGGAUGCGGACGUCAGCAUGGCGCUCGCGACGUUGUCAUCCCUGCGCCUGUUGGUCCGUGUCGGCGCCGGCGGGGAUCCUCUGGAUCACGGCGGCAAGUGGAGGGUCAACGUCGGGUGGGAGGUCAUCAGGAGCCUGGGGCGGAGCAUGCAUGUUGAGGUCGAGGAAUGGCUCAUCGAGUAA